GUGUUUUGAAAUACAAAAAGAAUGUUUUAAAGUUCUAGAAUAGUGCGUUCUACGUGUUUAGGAAGUUAUUAUACUAUAUAUUUUGAUUUUACUAUUUAAAACAUUUUCUUAGUUCUAAUAUUCAAUACGAAAUAAAAUUGUAAACAUACAACGAGAGCAAAGAAACAUAUAGAGAAUUCUGCAGAGAUUUCUUCAACAGCAUGAUAUCACAACAAGACUGUAAAGUUGGAAAAUUAACAUGUGAAAAAAAUGGGGAUUUAAUUGUAUUUAAAAAGUAUUUAAAAGUAAUUUAUAUUACAUUUUGCGCAGUUAAUGCAAAUUUUAUUUAAAUUAUCCGCCAAGUAUAUUAUUGUUGCUUCUUCUUUGCAAGAUGUCGUUCUUAUCUAAGAGAAAAUAUUCGUUGGAAGUUUCAAUCUGUAUUGUAUGACGUGGCUCACAAAACAGUACAGUUUUCAAGACUCCGUGCCUAGCGAUGGAGAUGUAUUUUCGGUAAAAUAACUAUUGUGCUCACAACGAAAUGUGCUUUUGAAAGCGUGUGAAGAAAGUGUUGUGAUCAAUCUAAUUUUAAGAACUUUCUAUGAUUGAUAUAUGCUCUGGGUCUUUUCACAUGUACAACUAUGAAUCGGGUCUCGGUGCGCGCAUCAGCAACACCGAGCUCUCCAAAUCCGGGGGAGUAGCGCCACUCGCGGGAAUAGCCCACCAGCGGAGCGGUACUCGCUCUGCCCGUUUCGUGCGCCAACGAAAUAUCUUCCACUAGACUGAAAUCUUCUUCGGGCACCGAAUCUAAAAAAUCUCCACUGGCAUGGAGCUAGGAGCACACUGAUAGUGAUAGUCUACAAGAUCUUGGUUUCUAUGCAUUGCCUGCCAAAGAAGAACUGAGCCCAAUGUUUCCACACAAUUCUAGUUCACAUGAGAUUUCUACAGAAACAAAUGCCUUCGUACAAAAUUCCAUGGGGGAUGUAGUAGUAUUAGGGAAAAGCAGUCCGAUAAGGGUUGGGGAGGGAAGAGAAUCAGAGAAUGAUAGGUACUGUGAUAUCGAGUUCAUAAACAACAUGAUGGCCAAACCUAAUAGCCAUCGCGAAAAUACCGCCGCCAAUGACUUUUUAACCGUCCUGUCGAACCAAACUGGCAAGUUUAUCUUGACCAGUCGAAGCUCGACCUGCCAGUCAGUGGCGUCGUCAACCACAAAACACCCAACAAAAAAUCAUCUUCUAACUAGCUUUAGCGUACUAAACAUUAGGGUACUAAGUAUAAGCGUAAAUCUAAGAUUAACAGGAGAUAAGUGCGCAAUCGAUGAAGGGGUACCUAGCCUAGUUAGGAUACCCAAGUCUGAUCGCCCCUCGUCAGGCCACUUUUCUCUCGACUCUCUUGACAAUUACUCCUUACUAGGAUCCUGCCUUCAUCCGGGCAAAUACAAUAAUAUUAAGUCUAAUUCUAGCCUCCUAAGUAAUAAUAACGAUAACUACAAGUCUGUGAUAUUGCUCAGCUCAACCAGUAACCAUUAUUUCCUCCGCGUUGAAAUGGACGGUGGUGCGAUUGCAAUGAGACUAAGAACCUCAAAAAUAUUAAUUUUGAACUUAAAAGAAAAGACGGUGGAGAUGUUGUCCUGGGUAAUUAAUGGUAUUAGUGACGUGGCAACAAUUACUGUUGGUGCUCUUUCAUUUCAGGAUAAUGUUAAGUCUAACGAGCCUUCGGGCACUUAUUUCGCGAGCUAUAGGUACUCAGGGUCGUAUACGCGUCUUGGCCCUGAGUUUGUUAAGUCUCUUUCUAAGUCUACUAUAGGGGAUAGGUUUAGGGUUAAGGGGGAGAACCAAGACGAGUUCGCUCUCUACAUUCCUACUAUGACUACCUGCAAGCCUACGAUGACGCUUACACGCCAAUCUGCAUCCCGAAUAAUCGGUGUACCUGGAUCUCGGCCGAACUACUUCGAGAUAUUAUGGCCCGACCAAAUGCACACUCCUCACAAAUUUUAUGGCAGUUUAUCAAACUGUUUAACGGAAUAUCACAAUGAUUCUCUUCCAGAAGGAGAAGUAAAAGAAAAUAAUUCUUCGAAAUGUUUCGGCAAUUUUAACGAACAAAUACAAUGCCGAAACAUUGGUGAAAAUACGAUUAACGAUAACGAACUAAAAAGGAUCAGAUCUCAAACUGCUGUCUAUUUCAAUGACGAGCAUUAUACUCAGACAGGAGUAUUUUGUUUUUGCGGUUUUGAGAGAAACUACGAUUGCCAAAAUUCGCACGAGUUGAUAGAAAGAGAUGUUUCUAUUAGUUUGUCGUGCUCUAGUUUACUUAAACGAACGAAGCUGAAGUACCAAGCUUUCACUGGUGUGAUUGAUGGAAAAUUUUCUUCAGAAAAUCUCUGUGAUUUGUACCAAUCUAAAGAGACGUUAUUCAAAGUACUCCAAGCUAUCGGAUUUAAUGUUGAGAACAUUUUCACAGAAAGUCUGGUAAAUUCUAAGCAAUUCAGUCUGACCAGUUCGACGUAUCAAACUGCCCAGUUCAUUGACAGUGAGAAUUCUAAUAAAGCAAUGAAGAUCGAUGCCAUUGCAGUAAACUUACAUAAUUGCAAUCAGUUUAAAAAAUAUAAAGAUGCUGCUCCUGGUUCAAAGGAUAAGCGAACCACAAAUGGAAAUUUAACUGUUUCUACUGCAGUGGAAGAAAUAUCCUCAAGAAAUUAUCCAAUUUCUAGUUUCUCGAAGAGAAAGGAAGUCGACAACGCAAAUGGCGUGAGUCGAACUUAUCUUAUUCAUUGUGCAAGGAAUCUCAUAGCAGCGUCCGUUGGAGUUUCCAAAGACAUCUUACAAGCUCACAGAACUGAUCUUAAGCACGUGUUAACGCUCCUUUUUGGACAGAUUUGCGAUCUUGAUGAAUUCAAUUUGGGGUAUAAGAAAAGGUGGGGAAUUCCUGGCAUUUUGAGAUUGGCUGGCGGGGGUGAAAAUUCAUUGAAUAGCGGUGGAACUACAAAUUGGGGCUCUACACAAACUAGUACUACAAAUAACAACAACAACAAUCAAUCGGGUUGGGGAGGAAACUCUGGGAAUCCUUCCGGAAGUAGCGGAGCACCUGGUAAUUGGACUGGAAACAGUGUAAAUAGGUCCGUUGCUGGAAAUCCAAAUUCAAAUCAAAAUCAGGGACCUCCAGGUGGACAAAAUGUCCCAGGUAACGUGAAUAAAGUGAGCAAUCCAAAUCAACAAUCAAAUCAACAAUCAGGUCCACCCACUUCUCAAUCAAGUGGCACAAGUCAGGGUGGUCAAAACAGCAACCAAUGGUCACAGGGAAAAUCUAAUAAUCCUGGAGGAACAAGUCAGAACUCUUCUGUUCAAAAUAAUAAUACUUCAGCCCAACAACAACAACAACAGCAGCAACAGUCGAAUUCCAGUAACAAUAAUAAUCAGUCAAACAAUCAGACUCAGGGAUCUGUUAACAGUAGUAAUACACCUGCAAACAAUAAUCCUUCAACAAAGCAACAAUUAGAACAGUUAAAUACAGUGAGGGAAGCACUUUUUAGUCAAGAUGGUUGGGGUUGUCAGAAUGUGAAUCAGGACACAAACUGGGAUGUCCCAACAUCUCCAGAACCUAGUAUGUCAAAAGAUGGAGUUCCAAUCUGGAAGACACCGGUAAACAAUGGCACAGAUUUAUGGGAAGCUAAUCUCAGAAAUGGUGGUCAACCUCCACCUCAGCAGCAAGCUAAAACACCUUGGGGUCAUACACCAGCAACAAACAUUGGUGGAACUUGGGGUGAAGAUGAUGAAGCUGCAGAUACAUCUAAUAUGUGGACUGGUGCCCCCACAUCUUCCCAACCAAAUUCUGCAGCUGGCCAAUGGACAACUGGUACCAGUAACCAAACUGGUAUGUGGGGAGGAUCCAACUGGGGUGAUCCAAGGAUUGAUCAUCGAGAUCCUAGAGAUCUCCGUUCUGUUGAUCCUAGAGAGAUGCGAGAUCCCCGCGACCACAGAAUGUCUUUGGAUCCUCGAGAACACAUACGUGUGAUGGAUCCAAUGGCUCGUGAUCCUAGGAUGGCAGACAUGCGUGGGGAUCCCCGCGGGAUUUCUGGAAGGUUAAACGGUGCCAAUGCGGAUGCAAUGUGGGGUCAACCACCAGGUCCACCACAUCACCAAAUGGGACAUCAACAUCCUUCAGGCCCUCCAACAAAGAUGUUAAAUCCUUCUAAUAUAAAUCAGUGGGCUGCACCACCACCGAAGGAUAUUAUGCCAGGGAAACCAUCAGGUUGGGAAGAACCUUCUCCACCAACACAAAGAAGAAAUGUCCCAAACUAUGACGAUGGCACAAGUUUAUGGGGAAAUCCUGCAGUUAAUCAAAGGACCAUACCUGGUAGUAAAGUUUCUCAUUGGAAGGAUCUUCCAACGCCAAAUAUAGGGAGAGGAGGAAUGCAGUGUCCUCCGGGCAUGCCACAGAAUAGAAUGCCAGCUCAACCUGGAAUGAAACCAGAUGUUAGUGGACCAAUGUGGGGACAUCCUGGUGCUGCUGGUGGACGAAAUGGUAGUUGGGCUGAAGGACCACAUGAUACAGGUUCAUGGGAUGAUCCAAAAACACCAAGUACCUGGAACGAAGCUCAAUUAAAUCCUGGCACUUGGGGUGGACCCAGUGCGCACAAACCUAAACCAAUGGGGCCCACUGGAAGCUGGGCUGAUACUGAUAUGGAUCCUACUCCUAGUUGGGGUCAUCCUACGAAACCAACUCUUACAAAGGAAGUUAUAUGGAAUAGCAGGGAAUUUAGAUAUCUUUGUGACAUGGGAUACAAAAAAGAGGAUGUUGAAUUGGCAUUGAGAACUCGUGAAAUGAAUAGAGAGGAAGCUUUGGAACUUUUAAGUCAAGUGCGGCCUUUAGACCAAUGGAGAAGACAUGACGCACACUCCACUUAUGAUCCGACAAAUCAAGCUACAACUGCGCCAGCAUAUCCUAGAUUUAAUCAUGUCGCACAGCAAAUGUCUUUUCCUCCGGGUGCUGGAGUGCCAAGUGGAAAUGCAACUGGUAGUGUGGGAGGAUCGGUUGCUAGUGCAAGUUUAUUGAAAUUACAACAACAACAGCAACAAACUGCUGUUCCAUUACAACAACAACAACCUAGUAGUAAUGCACCUCAACCACCUUUCAAUCAGGCUUCCAGAGCUCCUCAGAAUCAACCCAGUACUCAACAACUGCGUAUGUUAGUACAACAGAUUCAGCUAGCCGUCCAGGAAGGUUACUUAAACCAUCAAAUUUUAAAUCAACCACUUGCACCUCAAACUCUAAUACUUUUGAACCAACUAUUACAACAAAUCAAAGUCUUACAACAGCUUCAUCAACAACAUUCUGUGCAAAGUACAAUGAAGGGCAAUGGCCAAUCUGUUCUUCAGAUCAGUGUACAAAUUACAAAAACAAAACAGCAAAUAGCAAACCUUCAAAACCAAAUUGCUGUGCAACAAGCUACUUACAUGAAGCAACAACAGCAGCAGCAGCAGCAACAACAGCAGCAGCAACACCCUGUGCCACCAUCUCAAAGCUCAGAAUACUAUAAGAGCUCAGUACAUGAUCCUAUGUCAGCUUUGCAAAAUAGUUUCACAGAUUUGACAAUGAAUAAGGAACCUCCUGUUAGUCAGCAACAGUCAAGACUGAAUCAGUGGAAGUUACCUUCUUUGGACAAGGAUGGAGAGUUAGUUUCGAACGAGUUCUCGAGAGCACCAGGAACAACCAGUAAGCCAGCAGCUACACCGGCUGGUUUAACACGAUCACACAGUAGUCCUAACAUGAAUCCUUUGUUGGGUCAAGGAGAUGGUACAUGGUCCACCAGACUUGGAGAGAGUGGAUGGCCAGAUCCAGGUAACUCGGAUUCCACUGAUGGAAAGGAUUGGCAGCCAACUGGUGCAGCUGCUGGUGCUGCUGCUUUCACCGAUCUUGUACCUGAAUUUGAACCUGGCAAGCCAUGGAAGGGUACCCAGAUGAAGAGCAUCGAGGAUGAUCCAAGCAUUACUCCAGGCUCUAUCGUUCGUUCACCGCUUUCUUUAGCAACGAUCAAAGAUCCAGAUGCCAUUUUUUCUUCAAGUAGUAAGACUUCGCCGCCACCACAACAACCUACCAAUCCUGAUACAUCAAUACCAAGUUUAAGUAAUUCUACUUGGACGUUCAAUCCACCUGCUACUACUCCAAACGCAUUUACUAGCUCGAAGAACACUUGGGGUGAAUCUGCUCCACCGCCGACUGCGGUUACUUCAGAGCUCUGGGGAGCACCAAUGAGUAAGGUUCGUGGCCCUCCACCAGGCUUGAGCAGCAAAACUACGGGAAAUACGAGCAAUGGCUGGGCAGGUUUUGGCACCGUCAGCAGAUCCAGUUCCUGGGGCUUUCAAUCGAGCACAAAUGCUGCCUGGGUUUCUACCUGGUUACUACUUAAGAAUCUGACGCCUCAAAUCGAUGGUUCUACUUUGAAAACCCUCUGCAUGCAACACGGUCCUGUUCAAGACUUCCGAUUAUACCUUAAUCAUGGAAUUGCUUUAACCAAAUAUUCAUCAAGAGAUGAGGCUAUUAAGGCACAAGGUGCUCUGAACAAUUGCGUCCUGGGCAACACAACAAUUUUCGCAGAAUCUCCAGCCGAUACCGAGGUGCACAGCUUGUUGCAACAACUUAGUCAUGGAGGUCAACAACAAGCUGGAGCUACUACAGGAGCAGGUUGGGGCUUGCGACCAUCGAACAAAACUGGUCCACCACCAGACACAUGGGGCGGUAGUUCCAGCCAAUUAUGGGGCGCUCCACCGAGUAGCAAUUCUCUUUGGAGCAGCGCUGGCAUCGACAGCAAUGAUCAACAACGUGCUACGCCCAGUUCUCUGAACUCGUACUUACCCGGAGACCUUCUGGGAGGUGAGUCGAUGUAGAGUGCCGCACGGAGGAGCGGUAUCACUCGUGCGACGACCAAGCCUUCUACUUCACGAUACGUCAAUUAUAUUCCGCAUUGUCAGAUGGGCCGGUUCUCGCGAUGAAGUUACUUAAAUCAGUGCCGUGUAUAAUUUCGGCAGCAACAAGGAUCUGAUUUGAUUUUUUCAACAGAAGAUUUUUCAAUUUGGGAUUCGGGGAUAAUGGGGGCAAGGGAGGGUAUAUCAUGAAUUUCAAGGCUUUUGGCGUGCGCCGUGCUUUAUUAAUUGUUUGGUGUAAUGCCGACUACAUUUAAUAAUAGGCACGAGAGAAUGCUGUUAUUAUAUCGCGCGUACUACACAUUAAGUACGUACGUACGACGUAAUACUAAAUUAGUAUUGACGUUACGAUAUUGCUUCUGUCGCAGUUCAUUUUGGUAUUUUGGUAUUUUCAUAUCUUAAAAUAAUAUUAUUUUCAUCUGAUAUAAUAUGCGCGUAUGUGUAUACAUAGUGCGCACCCAUCUCUGAUAGGCAGGUUUUUCAUGAUCUUUCAAUUACUGAAUUAGUAUUCUUCCCAUUCAGGUCGUGUUCUCAUUAACGUUUCAAUCGAAUAUCCUGUUUAUUCAGAACAAUAUAUAUAGUAGUAUGUUGAAGAUAUUUAAGUUGAUCUUUGUUAUGCUACACUCUUCGGUGUUUUAAUAUGUUCAAUGUUGCGUACAUGCCCGAUAUAUUCAUCAUUGCAUUAUGAAUACUUAAAUUAUAUGAUACAUGCAGAAGAAAAUUUUUAUGAAUAUAAAUUACUCUAUUUUCAUAUUUUUUCACAUUUGAGUAUAGCAAUAAUUUAUAUUUCAUUUUUCUCAAUAUUGACGCGAGUUACAAGUUCAUUUUGAUCAAAAUAAUUUAUAAUUUGCAAAUGGUGCGUAUCCAAUAUAUCGUAUAUUAAAACAUCGUUGUGUAGGUAAUUUUAUGAAAAAAUAGUAUAAAUUCUAGCUCCUCUUACAUAUUUUGAGGAUCGGAGCACAGAAAACAGUAGGAAAGUUAAAAGGGUACGCGCAUACAACACCGCAGCCAUUAGCUUUGAAAAAAUGAUACAUUGGCUAAUCUAGAUAAUGGCGUCGCCAACACUUUCUUAAGGAUGCGCGUGUAAGAAAGUAAAUUAUGAUCAAUGGUCUCACGAGUGUUCCACUUUUUUGCUCUGAACAGUUUCCUCUAAUCGAGACUGCCAUGCGUAUCAAACGUAGACUGUACCAAUCUAAUCAAAACAAAAACAAGCAGAAAGAAUGAAUAAGAUAUGAAUGAAAAGAAAAAAUAUAGAAAAAAAAAAAAAAAAGGGAGGAGGAACGUUACCUCUUAAAGAAAUUAAUAAGCGAGGAUCCACGUCGAUGCUUUGGGCUAUACAUACCUCUUCCAUUAGCAACGGUGAUAUAGAAUCGAAUUUUUAGUGAAUUUUUCCUUCACAUGGCAACAAUUAUCAAUAUAGAAAAUUUGGUUAUUGUUGCCACAAAAUUAACGAUAGUAAUACGAUUAGUAAUUUGCUUUUAUUUGUAUAUUGUUAUUCCAACGAGUAAGUCGAGAUUAUAUGAAUAAUAUUGUAAUAAAACUAUGGUUAUAAAAAAUUUGAAUCAAUAGCUUCACUAGCUAAGAAGUGUAUUGGCAGAUAUGGUGAUCUUCUAUGAGAUAUUCGGAGAUCGUUAUUUUAGCUAAAAAUCGAUUCUCUAUCGUAAAACGCCCACAAACUUUUAAUCGGAUGAUAAAUCGGGGUCCGAGUUCUUGCGACGACAACAAAAACGAUACCAAAUGUUAUCGCAAUAACGUAAAUUUUAUUCUACAUAUAUUAAAUCUAAAUGCCACCCGUCGUGCCAAUGUCCAGCGUGUCUCUUUACCAUUUACUAAUUAUAGAGUUAUAACGAAUAUGGUAAUUCGAUGUUUUUCUCUAGCUAUCUUUGUCUGUUGUCUGCCUAUCUGUGUGUGUCUUUGUCUUUCUCUCUUCUCUUUCUCACUCCCCUCUGCAAAAUGAACGAUACUGAGGAGAAGAAUAUGCCACUUCCCAUUGGUUAAUAUUAAGAGACAAAAAAGAAAAGCAUUUAAGAAAGCUGAGAUCCUAAUUAAAGUUUUCAGAAUGACUUCGAAUUUUCGAGUGAAUGGUAUUUCCAAUUAUACAGUGACGCAAAAUUUCUAUUU